AUGGUUCAGUCCGCAUUUGUGCUGACUUCUCCACCGGUUUCAAUGCCGCGCUUAAGCCGAACUGCCAUCCACUGCCACUUCUGGCUGAUUUUUUUCGCCCUGCUGAAUGGUGGCACUUGCUUUGCCAAGUUUGAUCUCGCUGAGGCGUAUUUGCAGAUCGAGAUCACCCCAGAGUCGCGCGAAUUGUUGACCAUCAACACCCACCGCGGUCUGUUCCAAUAUACCAGGCUGCCCUUUGGUGUCAAGACAGCCCCGGCCCUAUUCCAACAAACGAUGAACGCAAUGCUCUCCGGCAUUCCUGGCACAGCUGGGUACCUGGACGACAUCAUCAUCGUGGGUCGCUCCCCUGCCGAGCUGCAACACCGAGUGUGCGCAGUACUCGAACGCGUGCAGGAAUAUGGCUUUCGCCUACGAGCCGACAAGUGCCAAUUCUUCCUCGACUCCAUCAAGUACCUUGGAUUCGUUUUUGACGUUAUCGGUCGCCAUCAACAUCCUGAAAACAUUCGGGCCAUUCAACGGAUGUCUGCGCUCGAGAAUGUACCGCAAUUUUGUUCGUUCCUUGGCCUGAUCAGCUACUAUAGCGCCUUCCUACCGUCACUGCAUGACGUACGGGCCCCGCCCAACCGUCUGUUGAAGAAGGAUGCUCCCUGGUGCUGGUCCUCCGACUACGAAAAGGCCUUUGCCCAGCUAAAGUCGAUGCUGAGUUCAGAUCUGCUGCUCACGCAUUACGACCCGACGCUGCCGAUAGUUUUUGCUGCAGAUGCUUCCAACCGCGGAGUUGGUGCCGUCAUCUUCCAUACUUUUCCUGACGGGUCUGAAAAGGCGAUCAUGCAUGCAUCUCGCACGCUAACUCCUGCGGAGAAGAACUAUGGGCAGAUAGAGAAACAGACUCUAGCCCUCUUGUUUGCCGUCAAGAAGUUUCACAAGCUGUUGUGCGGUCGCCCCUUCACGUUGUGGACGGCUCACAAACCCUUGCUAACAAUCCUCGGUUCGAAGAAGGACAUUCCUGUCUAUUUAGCAAGCCGAAUUCAGCGAUGGGCCACCAUCCUUCUUGGCUACGAUUUCGACAUUCGCUACUGUCGUACUACAGACUUUGGUCAGGCUGACGCCCUUUCUUGCCUCAUCAGCAAUCAGCAGGAACCGGAGGAAGAUACCGUGAUUGCCGCUAUUUCGAUUGAGGACGAUGUGCGUCGUCAGCUAUCAGACGCCAUACGAGGUAGCCCUGUUACUGCCGUGGACAUUCGACGUGUUACUGAACCGGAUCCUGUCCUCCGUCAGGCCAUCAUCUACGUGCAGACCUGCUGGCCAAUCACUGCACUCGCUGACGAUCUUCGCCAGGUUUUACUGCGCCGAGCAUCGCUAUCUGUGGUUGACUCCUGCCUCAUGUUUACGGACCGUGUGGUGAUCCUUUUUUCCCUCCGACCCACUGUACUACGCCAGUUCCUUGCCGCUCACCUGGUACCAGCCGAAUGA